AUGGCCUCUAAAGCUUCUCUCUCCGAGGAUGAUUUCUCCUGUCCAGUAUGCUGUGACAUCUUCAAGGAUCCUGUGGUCCUGUUGUGUAGCCACAGCUUCUGUAAAGCCUGUCUGGAGGAAUACUGGAAACAGAAGACAUCUUGGGAAUGUCCAGUCUGCAGAAAAAAAUCAUCAAUGGAAUUCCCCCCCUGCAACCUGGUUUUAAAGAAUCUGUGUGAGGCCUACUUACACGAUAGAAGCCAGAGAGCUUCAGCAGGGCCUGAGGUGCUCUGCAGUCAACACAGUGAGAAACUCAAGCUCUUCUGUCUGGAGGAUAAACAGCCCAUCUGUUUGGUGUGUCAAACUUCCAAAAAGCAUAAAAGUCAUGACUGCUGCCCAAUAGAUGAAGCUGUAAUGGAUCAUAAGGAGGAACUCAAGACUUCACUGAAGCCCUUACAGGAGAAAUUGAAGGUCUUUGGAGAAGUUAAACUGAGCUGUGAUCAAACAGCCAACCACAUCAAGAGCCAGGCCCAGCACACAGAGAGGCUGAUUAAGAUGAGGUUUGAGAAGCUUCAUCAGUUUCUACAUGAGGAAGAGAGAGCCAGGAUAGCUGAACUGAAGGAGGAAGAGGAGCAGAAGAGUCAGAUGAUGAAGAAGAAGAUUGAGAAGAUGAGCAGAGAGAUAUCAUCACUUUCAGACACAAUCAGAACCAUAGAAGAAGAGCUGGGAGCUGAGGACAUCUCAUUCCUGCAGAACUACAAGGAUACAGUGAAAAGAGCCCAGUGUACACUGCCAGAUCCAGAGAGGGUUUCAGGAGCGCUGAUCGAUGUGGCAAAGCACCUGGGAAACCUGCAGUUCAGAGUCUGGAAGAAGAUGCAUGGAGUAGUUCACUACACUCCAGUGACUCUGGACCCCAACACUUCCCACCCACAUCUCAUCCUGUCUGAUGAUCUGACCAGUGUGAGAUACAGUGAUGAGAAACAGCAGCUUCCUGAAAACCCAGAGAGGUUUGAUGAGGAAGAAACUGUCCUGGGUUUUGAGGGUUUUAACUCAGGAACACACAGCUGGGACAUUGAUGUUGGGGAGAAUAUGUACUGGUACCUGGGUGUGAUCACAGAGUCUGUCCAGAGGAAGGGAGACAGUGGAUAUUGGGAUGGAUCCUGGGGUGUGUUGUUUGGUGGUGGUGAUUAUAAAACACAUGUACCAAAGCAGCCACUCACUCCCCUCAUAGUGAGACAGAAUCCCCAGAGGAUCAGAGUGCAGCUAGACUGGGAAGGAGGAAAGCUGUCAUUCUCUGACCCUGUCAAUAACACACAUCUACACACAUUCACACACACUUUCACUGAGAGAGUCCUUCCAUUCAUCUGCACUGGCUUUUGUCCCCUCCCUCUCAGGGUUUUACCAGGGAAGGUGUCUGUAUCAGUGGAUACUGUCUUUGUCUGAAUCAGGGACUAACAGGAUGUAAAUGAGUCAGUAACACUCACUGAUGUCCUUCAUUAAGAUUCUGACAGAGGGAGGACACACUGUGAUGUAGUAGAGGGGACCUUCGUCCAUGAACUCAGGAGCACACAGCUGGGACAUUGAUGUUGGGGAGAAUACAUUCUGGUGCCUGGGUGUGAACCCAGAGUCUGUCUGGAUCUUCCUCCAUUAAGAACACUCCUGCUGAAACACUUGCACCUGUCAGAAAAUCGUCACUCUUAUAAUACUCCAUCACAAUAAUCACUGUUAAUAUUACAAUAGUCAUUAUUCAUAUUACAAUAAUCAUUAUUCAUAUGACUAUAAUCACUAUUAAUAUUACAAUAAUCACUAUUAAUAUUACAAUAAUCACUAUUCAUAUUACAAUAAUCACUAUUCAUAUUACAAUAAUCACUAUUAAUAUUAGAAUAAUCAUUAUUAAUAUUACAAUAAUCACUAUUAAUAUUACAAUAAUCACUAUUAAUAUUACAAUAAUCACUAUUCAUAUUAGAAUAACCAUUAUUAAUAUUACAAUAACCACUAUUAAUAUUACAAUAAUCACUAUUCAUAUUACAAUAAUCACUAUUCAUAUUACAAUAAUCACUAUUCAUAUUACAAUAACCAUUAUUCAUAUUACAAUAACCACUAUUAAUAUUACAAUAACCACUAUUAAUAUUACAAUAAUCACUAUUAAUAUUACAAUAAUCACUAUUAAUAUUACAAUAACCAUUAUUCAUAUUACAAUAAUCACUGUUACUAUACAAUAAUCAAUAUUAAUACUAUUUAUCUAACACUUUCACCUGUCAGACAGUAAUCUCUAACAUCUGACCAAGUUUCCCAACAUUUUAUUUGUGUGUUAACAGAGAUUGGUCAAACAGUGGUAGUCAUCACUGUUAUAGAAUAUAAAUGUCACCUGUUGGUUGUUGGGUUUUCUUUUUACCACAUUUAGAUGUUGUCACUGGUUAUGUUAACACUGGCAUGUAUCCCAAUACACUUGGGCUUCCUGAAAAACAUUUGCUGUACAGUGUUGGGUUCUUGGACCAAGACUCCGUUAACUAGCAUAUUUAACACCAACACAUGUAACACAUGUCUAUGGAUUGUAACACAUUUUCAUCAAAUUAACAUGUUCAAUUAUCUCAA